AUGCGCUCCCUGCCUCCAGCCGGGCCCCAGCCUCUUGCCCGGGCCCCCUGCACUCCCAGGGGAGGUGUUUAUCCUUCACCAAUCGCCAGGCUCGUCCUGUCUGAUUUCCAAAGUGCCAAUUCCCCAGAGCACAGCGGGAGCUGGAAUCCAAGGCAAGCGGGGCCCUUGCUUGCAGCAGCGAGACUCAGUCCGCCUGUGAGGAUGUGGCUGUACCUGGCCGCCCUGCUGGGGCUGUACUUCCUCCGCCGAUGGUACCGGGAGCGGCAGAGCGUCGAGGGCCUCCCGGAGAAAUACGUCCUGAUCACCGGGUGCGACUCCGGCUUCGGGAACCUGCUGGCCAAGCAGCUGGACGUGCGGGGCCUGCGGGUGCUGGCGGCUUGUCUCACCCAGCAGGGCGCGGAGCAGCUGAGGAAGGCGACGUCGCAGCGGCUGCAAACGGUGAUCCUGGACGUCACCCGGACCGACAGCAUCGCCGCGGCCACCGCCUGGGUGAAGGAACAAGUGGGGGACAAAGGGCUCUGGGGCCUGGUGAACAACGCGGGGAUCGGCAUCCCCACGGCCCCCAACGAGUGGCUGACCAAGGACGACUUCGUCAAGGUGCUGAACGUGAACCUGAUCGGCCUCAUCGAGGUGACCCUCAGCGUCCUGCCCCUGGUGAAGCGAGCCAGGGGCCGGGUCGUCAACGUGGCCAGCACGAUGGGCCGGCUGGCCAUGAUCGGAGGGGGCUACUGCCCGGCCAAGUACGGGGUGGAGGCGUUCUCCGACAGCCUCCGGCGGGAGCUCCUUCCUUUCGGGGUCAAGGUGUGCAUCAUAGAGCCGGGCGCCUUCGGGACGCAGAUCUUAAAUACCCAGAUCAUGAAAGACAUGCUGCAGGAGGUGUGGGGCCGGGUCCCCGCCGAGAUCAAAGAGUCGUACGGGCAGCGCUACUUCGACACCUAUUAUGAGCAGUUCCUCCAGCUCUUAUCCACGGCCAGCCCCAACCUCUUCCUGGUCACCGACUGCAUGGAGCACGCGCUGACAGCCUGCCACCCCCACACUCGGUACUCGGGGGGCUGGGACGCUAAGCUGUAUUACCUCCCGCUCUCCUACUUGCCAGCCUGGUGCCAAGACUUCCUGCUGACUCUCCGGCAGCCCAAACCGGCCCAGGGCAUCUAG